GAGAGAGGGAAAGAGAGAGAGAGAUCAAAGGAAGAGACAGGAGGAGGAGGGACGAGGAUGAGAGAUAGCAGCGCUGCAGUGAGCACCCUGCCUGCCUUUGCGACAAGUAUUUACUCCACUUUUCCUGUGAGCCGGUUAUCUUCCCUCUGUGUGAGUCAUGGAAGUGAUUUAGGUGAGUGGAGUGUCGUGGAGCGGCAGCAGAAAGCCACAGAUCUGUUUGUGUGUCUGCAACGUGGGCAGGCCAACUCUUGUUUGUGUGUGAUUAAGGAUCAAUGCCAGUUCACCGAGGGAACAGAAGUAACCCUGACAACAGCCUGACCACAUCAGCAGGCAGGUUUAAGUCAACUGACUGACAAGUGAGAAAAGUGUACCUGCUGAGGAAACAGCGAGAUGUGUUUGAAAGCCCCAGACAAAGCCAUGAUCUUGAGGCUCAUGUGGAAGUCCAUGGACAAGAUGAGGUUUUUCAGGAAACGAUCCAUGUUCCCCUUCCUCGGCUUCCUCAUUACCUUCCUCCUCUUCUUCAACCUUUACAUGGAUGAUGGAUAUGUGCUGGAGGCUGAAAAACGACAGCUGGGAGACCCGCUGAUGCACCCUGUAAACUCUGAGAGAUACAUCCACACAUUCAGAGAUCUCUCUAAUUUCUCUGGGACUAUUAAUGUGACGUAUCGCUACCUUGCAGGAAUUCCUUUGCCACGCAAAAAGUAUCUCACCAUUGGUUUGUCGUCAAUCAAGAGGAAAAAGGGGAAUUAUCUACUAGAGACAAUCAAAUCCAUUUUUGAUCAGUCCAGUUACGAGGAACUCAAAGAGAUUGUGGUUGUGGUCCACCUGGCAGACCUUGACCUGGUCUGGUGUGAGAACCUGGUGCAGGAAAUCACCAGGAAGUUUGCCCACCACAUCAUAGCCGGACCCAGGCCAUCUGGUUUAAACCGGCAACCACAGCGCCUGAAGGGGGCACAAACAGACAAGAGGCUGCAACACAAACGACGCCUAACACUCUAUGAGACCUGA